AAACGCUCUAUUUCCGCUGCAGCAGCGAGAAACGGGGCACGUCAAAAAAGAAAGGAAAAUGUGGACAGUUACAAACUGAGGCGCGAGAAGGAACAUAGAACUACAUAUAUUGUCUUCGUCGAGCUCGGUUGCCGGGCAGUUGUUAUUAUUUAAAGUCCCCAGACGGUUAUUUGACAGUUUAAGGGUCGUUUCGAGGUUAACUCGCCCCCCCUUGUUCGGUGGUGGUUCGCUUUGAGGAAGCAGCUAGCCAGCUGAGUUAGCUCGUUCGCUAGAGAUGGGGACGAGAGCAAGUCGCCUACAGGAGGACCCGGUUCCCUCUGCUUUCGGGAAAGAUGGCACAAAGCGGGAAUCAUAUCGGCGAUCCCGCUGUGCCAGGCCCACCAGUCUCAUGGUCGACUUCUCGGGGAGCUUCGAGGACACGGAGGCCAACCGGAGCCGAUCGGAGGAGGGCAGCGACUCGGACCUGGGACAGCAUGGGGCGAGCGCCGACGGUAGCCCCGCUGACCACCGCAACAUCCCGUCUAACAUAAGCCAAGCGUCACCUGCCGACGACAACAACAGCGAGGGGAAACCCGAGGAAGACGGCAAUAUAAGCCCGGAGCCUCCCGUGGUAGGGGAACAUCAGUCCGGAGAGGAGACAGGCCGCACGCCCCACCGCACUUUUUCCGAGCGGCUGCCCGGGAAUCGGCACUCUUCCGCCCGCAGCGUGGGCGCAAGAUCCGCCCGGGUCCGAGGCACACACCAGCGGCCGGUGUCAGAGGCUUGGAUCGGCCUGUACCGUGUUAACAACCGUCAUGGCAAUAUCCGCUGUCCUUUCUGCUCGAAGCCCUUCCCGGGGGGUCGGAUCGAGGAUCACCUGUUGAGCUGCCUCACGUCUCCUCCCCUACCGUACAAUACGGAUGUGCUCAGUAAAGACAGCGGCGAGUGCGCCAUCUGUUUGGAGGAUCUGGCACAGGGAGAGACCAUCGCCAGGCUGGCGUGCCUCUGCGUCUACCAUAAGAGCUGCAUUGACUGCUGGUGCAAGGUGAAGCCCUGCUGCCCUGAACAUCCCUUUGAUUGACUCGCGGGUCAAAUGUAUUCUGCACAGUGACCAACCCGACUCAGGAGACCACACUGAAUCCUAAUAAAAUCCAAAUAAAAAUGUGUAAUUGGACAAAUAAAAGCCCACUGUCCCUCUCAGAUGCAAACCCGUCUUUUGAGUGGAGAACAGACGAUCCUACGAAGAAGCUCCAGUUAGUGAUACCCGGCGCUCUCGUGCGGAUCGGUCCCUUUGAACUUGGUCGAGGCCAUUUCAAGCCAAAGUGCGACAGUAAAACAGCCGCUUGUUGGAACACAAGUGGAGGAGGUUCCCUUUCUAUGUUACGGCUUACGCGGAACACACAUAUAUAUAUAUAUAUAUAUAGAUAUAUAUUAAUAAAAGUCAAAUAAACAUUAUCAUCCCAGAACGAUGGAGGAUCUUGAACUUGGGGAAGGAACACAAAAGAAGUCUCCUUUGACUCCCGUGUGUUUCUCUCCCUCCAAACGAGAUUGGUCAUUUUAUCAAGUAUUUUGCAGAACGAGUGUUGUUCCAGGUCACGCAUCGGACAAAUGUUUUCUUUCCUCGGCUAACCCCAAAUGAACCAACCUCACACCGAAAGCGUGAAACGUUGCUUUGCUUAGAAGCAGCUGGAGGUUGAGGGCUUGUUUUUGGUGAAUGGGUGCGGCCGUUACUCGGUGUUUUCUUUUUACUAUUACCUGUAAACAUUUCAGGGGAAGUUUGGGGGCUAAUUGUUUUUGUUGUUGCUACUUGCUGAGUGUUUCGGAAGGUUGUAGGCUGGAGUUGGCACCAAUUUGAGCACUUUUGUCCUUCAAGGUGGAUUUUAUUUCUUUCACAUAAGGUGUGUGUGUGUGUGUGUGUGUGUGUGUGUGUGUGUGUGUGUGUGUGUGUGUGUGUGUGUGUGUGUGUGUGUGUGUGUGUGUGUGUGUGUGUGUGUGUGUGUGUGUGUGUGUGUGUGUGUGUGUGUGUGUGUGUGUGUGUGUGUGUGUUUACUGUAAAUUGCCCGAGAGUCAAGCGGGUUACCCUUUUUAAUUUUUCAAAGCUAGUCUUUAGCUACAGGCCAGCGUCCCGUUACAUGUGGCAUUAGUAUCCAACGUGUCGUCUCCUUGUACUUUGAAUGCGGUUUGGUUUUUAUCUUGUCCCCCCCCCCUCUCCCCUCUUCUCCCUCCUCAUUCGCAAACACUCUCUGGGGGUUGUCGUCCGGAUUUUUGGACCCGACCCAAAGGGACCGUUUCGCCAUCUGGUCGCAUUGAUGCCAGCUCGAGGACGGUUUAAAGGGGACGGAUGGAUUGAGGGAUGUAUUUUCUGGGCAUGUUUACACCAUGUGGCAUCUGCCUCUCUCCCCAACACCGUCGGCUAGGGACAGCUGAUGGUUAAUUAUUACAUAACUAGCCCCCCCCCCUCCCUUUUUCUUUUUAGGAUUUUAGGUAUUAUAUCAUCACAUUAUGAUCAUAAUUAUUGCUAAACGUGUUAAAUGGCUUUCCUUUGCCUUCUUGGUGUGCGUUGAUUGCCUUUGCCUGGUGAAGGGGUUCUUGUGGAAGCAGGUGUUUGUAGUGUUUUUAGGGCUGGGGUGGGAGCCCAGCAGCGAGGCUGCUCAUCAGAAGCUGUCUGACAGGUUGCACCCAGGCCAGGGGAAAGGACACGAUACAUAAAUUGAUUGCUUUUGCUGCCUCUACCACGUGUUUUUAAUCUCUGCGCACAAGUGGUAUGGAUCGGUUUCGAGGUCAGCCCGGUGCACAGGUUUCCUACUGGAUAGUUUGUUCACCCCAGCCCCCUGUCCCCUGGUGUUCUGCAGUCUGAGGUGCUACGAGGUGCUACGCCCACUAGAGGGCAGCCCUUUGCACGUUUGUCAUUUUCCGUAUUGGAGAAUAGAAAAAUAAUGCCAAAAGUCUGUCUGUGCAUUUGGGGGCAUUGUGUGUGUGUGUGAGAGAGAGAGAGAGAGAGAGAGAGAGAGAGAGAGGAAGACGAGGGGCAUUGUGUGUGUGUGAGUGUGAGAGAGAGACAGAGAGAGAGGAAGACGAGGGGCAUUGUGU